UUACCCCACUUCGUUGCUCCGCUGAAACCUUUUAAAACCCCGUCGUAUCCCACUGCGUGGCUUCGAGAGAGAGAGAGAGAGGAGGCGGGGAAUGGCGGAGGAUCUCGUCGUCGGAGAGAAGCUCCGCCUCCUCCUAUGGCGGAGUUCUCCCGUGGCGGUGGCGUUCCUACUUCAGGCUAUUAUUCUCUUUUUCCCAGCAUGCGCACAGCAAUCAAAUGGUACAUCAGGAAAAAUAUACGCAGAAGGAUAUUGUUCAAUGUAUGGCAUUUGCGGACAGCGAAGUGAUGGAAAGGUCUUGAACUGCCCCAAUGAAACUCGUGCUGCCAAGCCGGAUGACUUGUUCUCUGCGAAGAUUCAAAGUUUGUGCCCAACAAUCUCCGGCAAUGUUUGUUGCACUGCUGACCAAUUUGAUACGCUACAUGAAAAUGUUCAACAAGCAAUUCCUUUUCUUGUGGGGUGCCCAGCAUGCUUGAGGAACUUCCUAAAUAUUUUCUGUGAGCUCUCUUGCUCUCCAAAUCAAAGCCUUUUCAUCAACGUGACUUCUAUUGCAGAGGUCAAUAAUACUAUGACUGUUGAUGGCAUAGAUUUCUUUGUAACCAGUGAAUACGGGGAAGAGUUAUACAACUCAUGCAAGGAUGUGAAGUUUGGGACUAUGAACACUCGUUCAAUGGAUUUUAUUGGUGGAGCUGCUCAAAAUUACACAGAGUGGUUCGCGUUUCUUGGUCGUCAAGCUAACCUGAAUGAGCCUGGGUCACCUUAUGCUGUAUCAUUUCGAUCUGAUAUUAGUGAUUCAUCUGGAAUGAAACCUCUAAACAUAACAGUAUAUUCUUGUGGGGACCAUUCUCUAGGUUGUUCAUGCGGUGAUUGUCCUUCUUCUUCUGUGUGCAUGAAUAAUGCACCAUCAGCUUCCCGUGGAAAAAGAUCUUGCUCUUUUAAGAUGGGAUCUCUGAAGGUCAAAUGCUUGGAAUUUUCGUUAGCAAUUGUGUACUUUGUCUUACUUGCAGCCUUUUUGACAUGGGUUUCAUUACAUAGAAAACGAGAAAGAGUGGGCCUUUUUUCAAGGACAGAACCAUUGCAAAAUGUUCAGGAUCAAAAUCAGUUGCAUUCUGUUAGCAAGGAGGAGCUUUCAGGUCGCCCUUUGCAGAUAACUGAAGAGGUUCCUCUUGUGGCAGAGACACUACGACCUUCCGUUGUUCAAAGUUAUAUGACAAGUUUCUUCAGGAAGUAUGGAACUUUUGUUGCGAGAAAUCCAAUUCUUGUUUUAUGUUUAUCAUUAGCUGUUCCUCUUCUCCUCUGCAUAGGCCUUAUUCGUUUCAAGGUGGAGACACGGCCAGAGAAGCUGUGGGUUGGUCCUGGGAGUAAGGCAGCAGAGGAGAAACAAUAUUUUGAUAGCCACCUUGCCCCUUUUUAUCGGAUUGAACAGCUUAUUGUAGCAACCAUUCCUGCUUCAAGGACUAGCAGUUCACCCACCAUUGUUACUGGCAAUAAUAUCCAGCUACUAUUUGAAGUACAGAAGAAGGUUGAUGGUCUACGUGCAAAUUAUUCUGGAAAUAUGGUAUCUCUUUCUGACAUUUGUUUUAAACCUCUUGGUGCUGAUUGUGCCACUCAAAGUGUCUUACAGUAUUUCCAAAUGGAUCCUCAAAAAUAUAAUGAUUUGGGUAUUGACCAUGCCAAGUAUUGUUUUCAGCACUUCUCUUCUGAUGAGUCCUGCCUGAGUGCAUUUCAAGCUCCCCUAGAUCCAAGUACGGCGCUGGGGGGAUUUUCUGGAAAUAACUACUCUGAGGCUUCUGCAUUUGUCAUAACAUAUCCUGUGAAUAAUAAAGUCGAUAAAACAGGGGAAGAGAAUGGACAGGCUGUAGCCUGGGAAGAGGCUUUCAUUCAUCUUAUGAAGGAAGAAAUAAUGCCAAUGAUACAGAUGCAAAACCUAACACUGGCUUUUUCAUCUGAAAGUUCUAUCCAGGAAGAACUAAAAAGAGAGAGUACCGCUGAUGCGAUAACUAUAUUGAUAAGCUAUCUUGUGAUGUUUGCUUACAUAUCUUUUGCGCUUGGAGACAGUUUUCGUUGUUCUUCUUCCUUCAUCAUCUCAUCUAAGGUUUUGCUUGGCUUGUCAGGUGUUGUUCUGGUUUUGCUUUCAGUACUAGGAUCAAUUGGGUUCUUUACUGCCAUCGGUGUGAAGUCCACCCUCAUCAUAAUGGAAGUUAUUCCUUUUCUGGUUUUAGCUGUUGGAGUGGACAACAUGUGUAUCCUUGUACAUGCGGUCAAACGCCAGCCAUUAGCACUGUCCUUAGAAGGACGGAUAAGCAAUGCAUUGGUGGAAGUUGGACCAUCUAUUACACUUGCAAGUUUAUCCGAGUUUUUGGCUUUUGCUGUGAGUACUUUCACUCCAAUGCCUGCAUGCCGAGUGUUCUCCAUGUUUGCCGCGUUGGCUGUCCUCUUAGACUUCGUUUUGCAAGUUACCGCUUUUGUUGCACUGAUUGUCUUUGACUUUAUAAGAGCUGAAGCUGGUAGGGUUGAUUGUGUACCAUGUAUAAAAAUUUCUCCAAGUAAUGAUCCUGAUAAAGGUGACGGGCAACACAAGCUCGGUUUUCUUGCUCGUUAUAUGAAGGAGGUGCAUGCACCUAUUCUUGGCCUUCGAGGAGUCAAGGUUAUAGUGAUUGCUGUAUUUGUUGGAUUUGCUUUCACAAGCAUUGUAUUAUCUACAAGACUCCAACCUGGUCUGGAGCAGAAAAUUGUCCUUCCCCGGAAUUCCUACCUACAGGAUUAUUUUGAUGAUCUUGCCAAAUAUCUUAGAAUUGGACCACCAUUAUAUUUUGUGGUAAAGGACUUCAACUACAGCUUGGAAUCAAGUCAAACGAACCAGAUAUGUUCCAUCAGCCAAUGCAACUCUAACUCUCUCUUGAACGAGAUUGCAAAAGCAUCUUUAGUCCCUGAAUCAAGUUACAUUGCGAAGCCUGCUGCUUCAUGGCUAGAUGACUUCCUUAUAUGGUUGUCUCCGGAAGCCUUUAGUUGCUGCAGGGAAUUUGUAAAUGGAAGCUACUGUCCUCCAGAUGAUCAGCCACCCUGUUGUCAGCCUAGUCAAGGUUCUUGUGGAGUUACUGGAAAAUGCAAAGACUGUACCACGUGUUUUCGGCAUUCAGAUCUACAUGAUGGCCGGCCAUCCAUAGCACAGUUCAAAGAAAAGCUUCCAUGGUUUCUUAAUGCAUUGCCAUCUUCUGAUUGUGCUAAGGGUGGAAAAGGAGCUUAUACUACUAAUGUGAAUCUUACUGGUUAUGAACGUGGCAUUAUUCAAGCAUCAGCAUUUCGAACAUACCACACUCCUCUAAAUAAACAAACCGACUAUGUGAACUCGAUGAAGGCUGCACGGGAUUUCAGUUCCAAAAUUUCUGAUUCUUUGCAGAUGCAAAUUUUCCCAUAUUCGGUGUUCUACAUAUUUUUUGAGCAAUAUCUGGAUAUAUGGAAGACAUCAUUAAUCAAUAUUUCUAUUGGUCUUGGUGCUGUAUUUAUGGUUUGUCUGGUAGUUACCGGCAGCUUGUGGGCUUCAGCAAUAAUUUUGCUAGUGAUAGCGAUGAUUAUUCUGGAUAUGAUGGGAGUCAUGGGUAUCCUCGAUAUUCAGCUGAAUGCUAUCUCUGUUGUAAACCUUGUUAUGUCGAUUGGAAUUGCUGUUGAGUUCUGUGUUCAUAUAACACAUGCCUUUUCGAUAAGCAGGGGGGAUAGAAACACACGAGCGAAAGAGGCUUUGUGUACUAUGGGUGCUUCUGUAUUCAGUGGAAUCACACUGACGAAACUAGUAGGAGUUAUUGUCCUGCGUUUUGCAAGAUCAGAAGUUUUUGUGAUCUAUUAUUUCCAAAUGUAUUUAGCACUGGUCCUUAUCGGUUUCUUGCAUGGGCUCGUGUUCCUCCCUGUGGUGCUGAGCAUAUGUGGUCCUCCUUCGAGGUGGGUGCCGACGGAACAGCAAGAAAGACAAUCAUCACCAGACUCAAAUGAGCAAAACUAAUUGCUUUCAGAUCUGAUGAAACUGCAUGUUGUUUUUCCUGUCCAUUAUUUUUUUGAAACUUUAUUUCAUGUUCAUGUACAUAUAUUAGUCUUCAUCUGCAAAAAUCCGCAACUUCACCCGACAAAAGGAAAAAAUAGAUCUCCACCCUAUAGCAUUAUUUAAGAUUGGAAGAGAGUGAAGAGGAAGAAAAAAAUCAUUGAGAUUCGGUUGAGUAUAAAGAUGGGAAACAUAUGUUCUUUUGGUGUAUACAGAUAAAAGUUGAAAAAUCUAUAGAUAGCUGUUGGUCGUUAAA